AUGUCAUCCGUCGUGUUCGUUCUGCUGGCGCUUGGGCUGCUGCUACUGGCGGUCGUGCUGCGACCCACGACGCCAUCGCCCACCGCGGCUCCGUCGCGCUGCUCCAUCUGCUGGGACGCUCUCGCCGACCGCGUUGACCACUGCGGCCUCUGCACGACGCUCUGCUGCACACCGUGCCUUCGAGUGUACCUCCAGCGCAAGGCCGAAUCGCCCAAGACGACGUUCGAGAGCCUUGCGUGCGUGGGCUGUGCGCGGCCACUCACCAAGACGGUCUUACGAGAGCUCCUGCCACCAAGACUGUACGCGACCUUGUGCAAGCGGCUCGCGCCACGCGACGCCGCGACCUGCCCCCGACGCGGCUGCGACGGCACGCUGUACCUCGAAGUCGGUCGGAGCAGGUGGUUCUUUCAGCGGCGCGCCUUUUGCUCGCGCUGCCUGCGGCCCGCGUGCCUCAAGUGCGGGAAGGCGUAUCAUUGCCUGCCGACGUGCGCGGACCGCCGCUUCGAGGCCUACUGCCGCGCCCACAACGUCCAGACGUGUCCUCAGUGCUACCGCUACAUCCAACGGUCCGGUGGCUGUCAUUACAUGGCGUGCAUCAAGUGCUCCCACGCUUUCUGCUGGAAGUGUCGGCUGCCAUGGCGUUUCGGCCACACCUGCUAA